UUGGCAACACUCAAAUCUGGCCUCAAAGAAAGAAAGAAAGAAGGCACGAACAAGCGAUCCAGCGAUCCAACGAUCCACUCCCAAGAAAGAGAGAUUGACUGAAAGUAGGAAGAAGACGAGGCGUUCUCCUUUGACACCCGUGGGUCCUGUCGUGGUGAAACCUGUGCCCGUGGCCCACACUGCUAUUUCCGUCCAGUUGGAUCGCAUCCCGCCCGCUUUGUCUGGCCGGCCCUGUCCCUGGUGGUGGUUGGGCUCUCCAACUUGUAUCCAAGUGGGCGUUGUAAGGUCGCAAUCGUAGCAUGAUGCCCAACGAGGAGGCGCGCCCCCUUUUGGCCGGUCCGCCCAACGGAGCCGCUCCACCUAACGGAGAUGUUGGCAUCCUGAUUCAGCCCGUGGAUGAUUUUUCUCUGCCCACUUUUAACUCUGUGGGCGGGGGACCGCCUAUGGUGUCCUGUCGUGUUUGUCAGGCCAUGAUCGACAUCACCGGGAAGCGAGAUCAACACGUUGUCAAAUGUACGAGCUGCAACGAAGCCACGCCCAUCCGGAAUGCUCCGGCUGGCCGGAAAUACGUGCGAUGUCCCUGCAAUUGCCUUCUCAUUUGUAAAACCACCAGCCAGCGCAUCGCUUGCCCACGGCCCAAUUGCAAACGAGUGAUUAGCUUGACCCCCUCUGGACCCCUCGCCAAUACACCUGUUCCCAAUACGCCCGGAAUGUGUCGUGUCAAUUGUGCCCACUGCCAUGACAACUUUCUAUUCAACUCUGUGAACAACGCCUUGGCGCGAUGUCCCCAUUGUAGAAAGGUGUCUUCAGUUGGAACAGAAUUCAGCCGAAGACGUGGACUCAUUUUCGGCAUUGUGGGGUUACUCCUCUUGUUUGCGGCCAUCCUGAUCACGGCCCUUACCAUUCAUGUCUCAACAGCCAAAGGAGUCCUGUACAUUGUCUACGUUGGCUUUUUCUUGGCUUCCUUGGGAAUGCUUCUUCGGUCUGCCCAUUAUUUCUUUAUGAAAGUCAGCUUAGUGGACAGCGGAGUGUAGAACAAUCUUUCAUUCCUGGAGAACCAUUAUUUUCAACAUAUUGUGUCCUGUUUCGUCGCCGAUGACCCUCAAGAGCAAUCCUCUCUUUUGUCCCUACGCUCUUGGGCCUUUCCCCCAUUUCCCUGUUCUCGAAGACACUUGCUUCCCAUCUAGGGCUUGAGCGCCAUUGUCGUUGCUAUUUUGCCUCUUAAAUUUUUUUAAUGACAAGUUCCUCUCAACGGCGUUACAUAUAUACCAACCAACCAACCGGAAAUCAGCAUAUACUCUAUAUGUUCAAUAAGUGUCUGUGCGAAUUUGCGCUUGUCUCUUUUUCCCCUUCACGUGGUCCUGUACGAGUUAUCUUUCUUUCUCCUACCAUUACUAGCUUAUUCUUAAUCUUAGAAAAUCCAGGCUUAUCAAAGUAACGAAUUUUUUUUAACACUUAUACAACCUAAGUUAGUGGACCAGUUUGAAUUAUAAAAUCGGAUGAAUCUAUACGAACCAAUUGAAAAUAAACCAUCUCGAUCAACUAAAAA